AUGAUCCUUUUAGGACUCUCCCAUUUUUUAUUCCUUGAAGCAGUCCCAAUUACAAGAACUGAAAGGCUUAUGCAAGAUCCCAAAGUUCUGCAUGUUGCACCGGAGAAUGUCCACAACCACCAGGUUAUCAGUGGUAUAAAGUGGCACUGGGAGGAGCCAACUAUUGCUGAGAGGAUGGAGAUGGAGCUCCAUGAUUACCCUCCAUCUGGGGCUAAUGGUCGUCACACUCCAAAACCACCAUAUCCAUAA